GUGUGUGUGUGUGUGUUAGUUUUGGACACAGCUGGUCAGGAAGAGUUUGGGGCGAUGAGAGAGCAAUACAUGAGAUCUGGAGAAGGCUUCUUACUGGUGUUUGCUCUGAAUGACAUCGGAAGCUACAACGAGAUCCAGAAGUUUCACACUCAGAUCCUGAGGGUAAAGGACAGAGAUGAUUUCCCCAUGGUCCUGGUGGGCAACAAGUCUGAUCUGGAGCAGCAGAGAGUGGUGUCAAGAGAAGAGGCCAUGUCUUUUGCCAAAGAGAACCGGAUCCACUAUAUGGAGUCAUCAGCAAAGAACCGCUACAACGUGGACGAGGCUUUCCUGGAGGUGGUGCGAGCAAUAAGAAAGUUCCAGGAGACAGAAAGUCCUCCUCAGCUUGCCAAUCACGCUGGGAAGCAGAAGAGCAGCGGGUGUCCAUGCACCAUCCUCUGAUCGCCUUCACACACUGUUGCCAUGGAGACUGAAGCCCCCCCCCAUGUCUGGUGCCUUGUGUGUGUGUGUGCUUUACAUCAAUCAGUGAUCCUGAUCAUUCAAAGGUGUUUAAAUGUGUUUAUUUUUUAAUCCUGCACUUUUUUUUUUACAUCAAGUUCAUUUUAAAGUGUAUCUUUUUGAUUUUAUAUGUUCAGUGCAUAGGUUUGAGCAUUUCAUAGUGUGUGUUCAGCAGUGUAGCAAGCAGCAAUGAACAGAGCUGUACAUAUAUACUGUGUGUGUGUGAGAGUGAUAUACACACAAUUACUUUGUGUCUGAUUAAUAAGCUGCUUUAUUAUUCACUGAAAAUAACAUCAGAAGGGAAAGCAUGUUUCUCACACUGGGCUCUCCUGUGUGUGUGUGUGUGUGUGUGUGUGUGUGUGAGAGCGAGAGAGACAUCAUUACAGAUUAUGGCUGUAGUAGGAAAAAAAAGAAAUCCCAUGUACUCCAAAUUCACUACUAAUAGAAAUGUAAAUGUUUCAGCAGCAUUUAGACUUUUCAUCUCUGUGAGUUUGGAGUAAACUGCUUUAUUGCUUUUCUGUUCUUUUCUCACUGCAUAUACACACACACACACACACACACACACACACACAGACAGGAGAAAUCAGAGUGAAACACAUCAUAGUUUACCUUUAAUCAGCUGUAGUUUAAAGGGAACUGUGUAAAACUCUUUCCAGUGUGAGGAUUUGAGGAGAUUUCGUGUAUUUUAGCAUGGUUAGCUAAUCAUCAGCCCCCUCACCACACCAGGACCGUCAGUUUGUACCGUGUUAAACAGGAGGCUGUUCCAUGUUGACUACAGUAGCCUGCUGGUUUCAGUUCAAGACUAAAGAAGUAAAGUUCACCCACAGAGCACAUCUCCUCCUGCGUUCACGCUGCUGAGCAGCAGCCCGUCCUUUAUUAUCCACACACUGUGUGAGGGUGAGCCGCGGUGACGUGACGUGAUGUUUAUGUUUAGAAAGAAGUGAAUAAUAAAAAUGAUCGUUUCGAACAAUUCCUCAAACCUCGAGUCCUACAACAUGCGCAGUUUCCUUAGUUCAUUACUUUCUAACUGAAAUGAGUUCCACCGUACUAUCUGACACACAGCAAUGAAAGAAAAACCUGUACACACCCCCCGGUCUCACCUUCUGUCCUUUAAUACACCUGUAGAUAUCUUCGGAAGAUAAAGAAAGCUCAGAGGUCAUUAUUGUGUAUGUAGAUCGUGCAAUUAGCUCAAUUCAUUAAUCUGAGGACGACCCGAGUCCAUAACACCUCCAGCACACUGAGAGGUGUGUGUUGAGUUGAACUAGUUAGCAUAAGGAGCUGUGUGUACACCUACUACAGUUCCUCAGUGGACAUGCCACGCCUACAAGCGACACGCUUCACCUGUGAAUGUAAACGUCAGGAGGAAAUGAUGCACAGUUCAUUUUCUCCUCUGCAGUCAUGUUAAUGCCUGGAAUCCACGUCUGGGGUUUCUUUAUUUGUAGACUUCUUUACUGCUGAUCAGUUCUUUACACCAAGCGAGUGUUUAAAACCUGUACUGAAAUCUAAGAGAGUGUAGAUAUAUCCUGCAGUGUUCCUCCCAGUGUUCCUCCAGACCUCAGGCCACACUGAACUGCUUUAUACUCGUCCUUGUGAUUUGAUUAACCUGCCUGAUGACCACACCAUGGCUUAAUGGAACAUAACGGUAGAGAUGAGAUGAAGUGGUAGAGUGUGAGUGACCGGUCCAGUCACGGUUUUAAUGUAAACCUUCACCAAAGAGCUUGCAGUUAAACCAUUAACCGUUUGCACACCUUUUAUUAAGCAAGAGUAGUUUGACACUAAACCAGUUCUGUGUAUUUUUGUACUGUAAAAGAAGGGGGUGGGGUUUUAUUUGUGUGUGUGUGUGUGUGUGUGAGAGUGAGAGAGAGAGAGAGAGAGAGAGAGAGAGAAGGUACUCCUUUUAAUGAAUAUGCAAAAGCCUUUGCUGUUUGUUGUGCUUUUAAGAGAAACUCCUGCCUGCUGCUGCACUGCUCUUUACCCAGCAGAGGGCGCCCCCCCCACACACCCUUUCACAUUCAGAUAAGACUAGACAUCGAGCAGCAGAUUUUCUGUGUGUGUGUAAAUGAUAAUGUUUCGUACAGCACAGGUCUCAUUAUUUCAAUCAUUUAAAAUCAAACUCUUCAUCAGUGGAUUCUAUUGUAGAAAUUGUUCACAUUUUAUUUUAUACUUCAAUUGAUUUCUUUUGUACACAAUUAAAGUAGUAUUUACAU